AUGUCAGACGGAGCGUUGACCAUCGUAGAUGGGACUCAGCUGAGAGCGGCAGACUUGACGGUGGUAGCAGCGGAAGACAACGCCGAUUUGAUGACCGGAGCUAAGGUGUUGGAGCUGGCGGAAUCAAGAGCCUCCUCCGCUCUCUUUGGUCUCUCAUUACCCCAAACUCUCAAGUCCUCUGCUCUCCAAAGCAUCAAUCUCAACGAUCAAGACGACGUCAUCUCGUUCCGCCAAACCCAUCUCUCAUCUGACCAAGCUUCCCUCAAGCUCAACCACUACCUCAUAGCCAUCGCUGGCCAACUUAAAGUUACUAAUGGGCUUCAUAGAGCCAUGUCUUCAUUAGUUAUCGAGAUCUUGCAAUUAGCUCUAAAUUGCUUCCACGAAUCAAUGGCUUCUUCUAAUGCUUCCUAUACGCACCAAAACUUCUCUCAACACUCAAAUUGGGUGAGAGCUUGGCUUUCCUUGGCCAUGGCAGAAACACGAUCAAGCACUAUUGCUACUCAGGAAGCCAUUGCUGGGCUUAGAACUACGUCUGAUCAUCAUGGUAAAAAGAUUCAAGAAAUGCGUACCAUCCAGGAAAUACACACACGUACCAUGAACGAAAUGACUCAGCAACUAGCAAUUCUGGUGCAGUGGUGUAAUGAUUCUGUUCAAGGUGGAUUGCCUCAAUCUCCAACAAAUGUGGAAGCCAGAAAUGCUAAUUCAUCAACAAUGGCUCUGUCUCGUCCUGUGAGAUUGGAAUUCCCAAGGUUUUCUAGAGAAGAUCCUGCUAGUUGGAUUUACAAAACCAACCAAUACUUCAAGUAUUAUAAUACACCUGUUGCAGAGAAGCUAAUGUUAGCUUCAUUCCAUAUGGAGGGUGAAGCCUUAAUCUGGUUUCAAGAUAGUGAAGAUGCAGGUCUUUUUGUGGAUUGGGAAUCAUUGAUUCAAGCAUUGCACAUCAGGUUUGGGGCCACGGCUUAUGAUGAUCCCAUGGAAACACUUACAAGGCUGAGACAGACUGCUUCAGUGUCCUUGUAUAAAGCUCAAUUCGAAGUGUUGUCCAAUAGGAUUAAGGGUUUAUCUGCUGCUCACAAGUUAAGUUGCUUUCUAAGUGGUUUAAGAGAUGAAAUAAGGCUGCCAGUGAGAAUGUUGAGUCCUAGAUCAUUGAAUGAGGCUUUUGGUUUGGCAAAAAUUCAAGAAGAGUACAAUUGGAGUUGCAAGAAGUUUGCUAAAGUUCAAGGGGAUCAGAACAAGCCUUCCAUUUUGGGAGUUCCUCCAAAAACUCCUUCUCUAUUGGAGUAUAAACCAAGGCUGCCCAUCAAGAAAAUUUCUCCUGCUCAAAUGGAAGAAAGGAAGAAGAAAGGGUUGUGUUACAAUUGUGAUGAGAAGUGGGCUCCUGGCCAUAAGUGCAAGAGUGCUAUGCUGUUCUUAUUGGAUUCUGCAGAGUUAGCUCAGGAAGACACCAACUUUGGAGUUCACAUUACUGAUUUUGAAGAAAAAUGCUAUGCAGAUCAGGUUGGACAGGAAGAUGCUGAGAUUACUCUUUAUGCAUUGAGUGGUACCCCUACUUCAGGCACUAUGAGAGUCAUGGGCAGGAUCAAGCAUAAGUCCUUUGUCAUUCUUAUUGAUUCAGGGAGUACUCACAACUUCAUUGAUGCUGCAUUGGUGUCACAUCUGCACCUGAAUGUUGAUGCUUCUCAAGUCUUGGAGGUGAAGGUUGCCAAUGGUGAUUUGAUUAAAACUCAAGGUGUUUGUGAGGAGGUUCCAAUCCGGGUACAAGGGAAUGAGUUUAUGGUGCAUUUGCAUGUGUUGCCAAUGGGAGGGUGUGAUUUGGUUCUAGGGACUCAGUGGUUGGGUACUUUAGGAGUAAUUCAAUGGGAUUUCAAGAUGCUUACAAUGAGCUUUGGUUAUAACCAUAGACAGGUACUGCUACAAGGGUUGAGGAGCACAAGGUCUCAAUUGCAAGAUGGGAAGACUUUCUUGAAGCAAUCUGUUGAGAAAGGUUUGGUUCUUCACAUUACAUUCCAGCCUCAGUUAUUAGCUGCAGAGGGUAUGGACCAACUGCCUGAAGGAGUGGCUGCUUUGUUAGAUGAGUUUAAGUACCCUUACUACCAGAAAAAUGAAAUUGAGAAGAUUGUUAGGGAAUUACUAUCUGCUGGUUUAAUUAGAAACAGUAGCAGCCCUUUUGCUUCACCAGUCCUCUUAGUGAGGAAGGCUGAUGGUUCAUGGAGAAUGUGCAUUGAUUAUAGAGCCUUAAACCAAGAAACAAUUAAAGAUAAAUACCCUAUACCUGUCAUAGAUGAGCUAUUGGAUGAAUUGUUUGGUGCAGCUGUCUUUUCUAAACUAGAUUUAAGGUCCGGGUACCAUCAGAUUAGAAUGAGGGAGAAGGAUAUUCCUAAAACUGCCUUUAGGACUCAUGAAGGCCACUAUGAGUUUUUGGUCAUGCCAUUUGGCUUAACCAAUGCACCUUCCACCUUCCAAUCCCUCAUGAACACCAUUUUUAAGCCUUACUUAAGGAGAUUUGUGUUGGUUUUUUUUUAUGACAUCCUUGUAUAUAGUAAGACUGUGAGUGACCAUGUGCAUCACCUUCAUGUAGUCUUGGAAGUCUUGGUGAAACACCAAUUGUAUGCCAAACAAUCAAAGUGUGUGUUUGCUUGUAAGGAAGUGGAGUAUCUAGGCCAUCUUAUUUCUGGUGAAGGGGUCAGGACAGACCCAAGGAAGACUGCUGCUAUGCAGCAAUGGCCAAUUCCUAAGGAUGUGAAAGCUUUAAGGGGAUUCUUGGGGUUGACUGGCUAUUACAGGAAGUUUGUCAAGGGGUAUGGACAAAUUGCUGCCCCUCUAACAGCUUUAUUGAGAAAGGAUUCAUUUAACUGGAACCCUGAAGCUUCUCAAGCUUUCCAACUCCUUAAGGAUGCAAUGUCACAACCUGCUGUUUUGGCUCUACCGGAUUUCACUAAGUCCUUUGUGGUAGAGUGUGAUGCAUCUGGAGUAGGUGUUGGUGCUGUCCUCAUGCAGAACCAGAGACCAAUUGCUUACCAUAGCCAAGCUUUGAAGGGCAGAAGCCUUGCCCUUUCAACUUAUGAGAAGGAGUUGCUAGCUCUGGUAGUGGCAGUAAAGAAAUGGAGACCCUAUCUACUUGGCAGACCCUUUGUGAUUAAAACUGACCAUCAAAGCCUUAAAUACUUGCUGGAACAGAAGAUUGGAACCCCUGCUCAACAAAAAUGGAUAACUAAGCUCCUUGGCUAUGCAUUUGUGGUUGAAUAUAAGCAUGGGAAAGAUAAUUUGGUAGCUGAUGCACUUUCCAGAAAAGAAGUUGUGGGGGUUGAAGAGGUUAGGGAUGUUAGGGUGGGGACUCUCUGCAUGAUUUCUUUUCCUACUCCCACAUGGUUGGAUGAACUCAAGCUGACUUACACCUCUGAUGCUACAAUCCAGAAGAUUAUCCUUGCUAUUCAGUCAGGUAGUGAUGGUCCAAUUGGAUUUACUGUCUGUAAUGACUUGUUAUUCUACAAGGGAAGGCUAUUCUUGGGAAGUUCAGCUCAAGAAUUGAAGGCUCAAGUGUUGCAAUAG